UGAUUUUAAUACGUUUACUAUCUGUCUUGAAAUGUUAAACAAUUGAUACAGUUCAAAUUAUUUUCUAUAAUCUAUGCAGAAAUAAUGCCAUUUUCAAAAUUAUUAAAAACACUUCCAUUAUGUUAUCAUGGAACAAUGAAAUCGAAAUGUUCUUAUAACAUGAUAUGAAUUAAUUGGAUAAAUUUACUUGAAAAUAAUUGUCAUUAACAAACAAUAAUGAAUGAUUAUUCAAUAGAUGAAUUGCCUACAGAAGAUAAUAUUACCAAUAAUAAUCUGAUAAAACUACCAUCCAAUAAAUCUUCAUCAGAAAAUUUAUCUUCACUGUUUCAACAUUUUGAACUACCUAAACAAGAUUUACUUGAUCGUAAAAUCAAUACAACUAAUCAAUUAUUUACUGCUCCUUUAUCCGAUCACAAUUCAAUAAAUACAAAUAUUUCUGAAAGACAAACUGAAAUCAAUCAACAAAAUAAUCAGAAUAUAUCUAAAUUAGAAGACAUUUUAUCUGAUAUUUCAUUGUCUACAUUUUGGGAACCAUUUAAAACUGUUGAAAGAAAAGAAAUUGAAAUCAAAUCUUCCAAAAUCGAAAAUAUAAUGUCAAAAAAGGAUGAAAAUUCAGUUGCCAAUUUUAAGUUACAUCCAAUAUUUUCGGAAAAAUCAUGGGCUCGAUCAUUAUAUAAAGAAAGUAUAAAUUGUUAUGAUGAAUAUAAAGAGAAUCCAGAAAGAAUAUUAGACGAUCAUUUUAGUCGGAUAUGGAAAACACGUGAAGCAUGUAUGCUUUCAGAAGAUCAAGCUGAUUUACAAACCGCAUUUCAGAAAUAUUCCAAAAAAUGUAAUAAAACUCGUAGAAAAUGUCAUACAAAUAAAAAUAUAUAUUAUGAAGAUAAUAAUAAUAAUAAUUUGAAAGACUUCAAAAACAAUAUAAAGUUAAAUGGAAAAGAUGAAUUAUCUUAUUGGGAUUGUAAUAACUCUCAAUAUAUCGAUAAUAAUGAAGAGAAUGCUGAUAGAUGGAAUUCUAACCAAAAAUCAAUCAAAAAUCAUUUUAAUUCAUCAAAACAACUCCAAAUAACUACUUCUUCUUAUUCAUAUGAUCAUAAUAAUUAUCAUAUCACUUUACAACAAAAAUAUUAUGUAUGUAAUAUAUGUAACAAGCAUUACUUUGAACAAAAUGAUUAUCAUGAUAAUUUAUUCAGUACAACUGAUGAAGAAUAUAAUCCAAUAUAUUCCAAUGAAGUUAUAACAGAUUAUAUCACUUUCCAUACAUCUAUAGACCUAAGAAGAAAUGAGAAUUGGAAUAAAAGAAUAAUUAAUCACAGGCGCCGUUCAUAUCAUAGCUGUUUAGAUAAAUCAGAGGAAUACAAUAACAGAAUAUGUCAUAAUAAUUUCAUUCAAACUUCAAUCUCAUUACACGAUGUUACUAAUGAUAAAGAAGAUUUUCUAUUGAAUAACUUCAUAAUUAGUAUAGUUUAUAUAUCAGAAGAUUCAUUACCACAUAUAAUUCUAUGCGAAAAUAUUCAAUGGACAUUGAAACUUUUUAAGAAGAAAGUUAUACAAAAACUAUAUUCGAUUAAUCAAAAACUUCAAAAUGAAAUGUAUAAUGAAUUCCAGAAUUUGAAGAAACGAUUUUAUUUCAAAACUGAAUCCGAUGAAUUAAAUACCAAUAUGAUUUAUUAUGAAAUUAUUAAUGAUACAGAAGUGAUACCUCGUUGGAAAGGUUUAAUAUGGGCUAAAAUUGAAAUAGAUCACAAUGAAGUAUUCUAAAUAGUAAACAUUGGUUAUCAUUCUUGUUAAUUCAUAUGUACAUAUUUUUAAGAUAUAAAAAAUAUAUAAAUUAUUUGUAAGUUA